AUACAACAGAAAACGCAAGAUUCCUCCCUCCUCUCCCUCUCUCUCUCUCUCUCUCUCUCUCUCUAAAAAGCUCCUGCAGAUGCAAACUGCAACUUUUGUCUACCCCCCAGUUCAUCACCUGUUUCUUAAAACCUGCUAAUCCUGUGCCACAAACUCACUGCAUCAUGUAACACUUCCCUCCUCUCUCUCUCUCUCUCUCUCUCUCUCCCAGAAAAAAAAAAAGAAAAAUUUGACAAAAAUCCCGACAAGAAUUGAUCAAUCGAGAGACAACACAAACACUCGAUUUAUACUUCCGCCUGUCUUCCCUCACUCUCCACCCACAAAUAACCCCAAAAACGAAAAAGAAAGAAACAAUAAGAAAUAAAGAUCCGACCCACCCCAGAUGGUCACCCACCGCCCCGCGGCCCUCGUCCUCGUCCUCGUCCUCGCCCUGUCCGCGCGCCUCCCGCGGUCCGCCUCCGAUCCGGGCGACGAGCUCUGCCUCACCCGCCUCUCUGAGUCGCUGCAGGACCCCGGGCGGCGGCUCUUGAACUGGACCAAGUCCACCUUCGCCGCCCCGUGCAACGGCUUCACCUCCUACCUCGGCGGCGCCAUCUGCAACAACGGCCGCAUCUACAAGCUCUCCCUCUCCAACCUCGACCUCCGGGGGGCCCUCCCGGCGAACCUCGCGAACUGCACCUCCCUCCAGGCCCUCGACCUCUCCGCCAACGCCCUCACCGGCCCGAUCCCGCCGGACCUCCAGGGCCUGGUCAACCUCGCCGUCCUCAACCUCUCCUCCAACCGCCUCUCCGGCCAGAUCCCCCCGCAGCUCGCCCUCUGCGCCUACCUCAACGUGAUCGACCUCCACAACAACCUGCUCUCCGGCCCCAUCCCCCAGCAGCUCGGCCUCCUCGUCCGCCUCUCCUCCUUCGACGUCUCCAACAACCGGCUCGAGGGCCAGAUCCCCGGCUCCCUCUCGAACCGGACCGGUAACCUCCCCCGGUUCAACGCGAGCUCGUUCGAGGGCAACAAGGGGCUUUUCGGGUAUCCUCUGGCCCCGAUGAAGAAUAAAGGCCUGUCGGUGCUGGCCAUUGUCGGGAUCGGGCUCGGGAGUGGGCUGGCGAGCCUGGUGCUGAGCUUCACUGGGGUCUGUAUCUGGCUGAGGGUCACGGAGAGGAAGAUGAUCAUGGAGGAAGGCAAGAUCAGUCAGUCGAUGCCUGAUUACUGAUGAAUUCCUCCAUGAAAUUGAUGGGGUGUUCCUCUCCUCUCCUUUCCUUUCGGAUGUGAAGAUGGAGAUUGGAGAUUUGACGUUUGUUCAGAUUCAGUUCAGGUACAUUUUGGAUUUUUCGGUGAGUCCGAUGCGAUACUCAGGAAAGGGAGGGGGAACAAAAGUUCGAGCUCUUGCAUUUUUAAGUAUUUUCAGCUUUUUCUUUUUAUUAUUUUCCACUCAUAUGCUUAUUUUUUUCAGAUUUUUCCUUUUCUCCCUU